GUUCGAAUUGUCUUAAACGUUCUGUGUACGCCUUUUAUAACUAUAUUUUUAACAAAUUUCAAGUCGCAAAUUUAGAUUUCCCUCUUUAUAAAAAUGAGAGGCUUAUCGAAAAUUAUGGCCUGCAAUCAGCAGUUGGUAAAAUUAACUCCAACAUUAUCAAUUUUUAACAAACAUCUGUCCUCAGCAGUUCAGCCUUCAACAGAACAUAAAAAGGAAAAGAGGCCUUAUUCUCCAUUCCCCAAAGCCAAUAAUUUAGCAGAGUUUGCCAUAACAAGACUUGAUGAUUUGAUCAACUGGGGUAGAAAGGGUUCAAUUUGGCCUCUAACAUUUGGUCUAGCUUGUUGUGCUGUUGAAAUGAUGCACAUUGCAGCUCCGAGAUAUGAUAUGGAUCGAUAUGGUGUUGUAUUCAGGGCCUCACCUAGACAAGCUGAUGUUAUUAUUGUUGCAGGAACACUUACUAAUAAGAUGGCUCCAGCUUUAAGAAAAAUUUAUGACCAGAUGCCUGAACCCAGAUGGGUUAUAUCUAUGGGAAGCUGCGCAAAUGGUGGUGGUUACUACCAUUAUUCUUACUCAGUUGUACGUGGUUGUGACAGAAUAAUUCCUGUGGAUAUUUAUGUCCCAGGAUGUCCACCUACAGCUGAAGCCCUCCUCUAUGGUGUUCUUCAACUACAAAAGAAGAUUAAAAAGAUGAAUUCCUUUCAGAUGUGGUACAGAAAAUAAAGAAAGCUACGAAAUUAGUUGACAUUGUUACUUUAUUUAUUACGAUGUAUAUUUAUUCUCAACUGAUGAGAUAAAUUGUUGUUAAUAGAUGUAUAUAAAAUUAUUGUUGUAUUUAAUCGAUCUAUUGAUAUGGUCAAAUGGGAUUUUUUUUUUGUAUGGAAGU